UCACAGCAGGUCCCCUCCUGCCUAUUCAUGGCCCCUAGUAGCAGCAGGAUUGUUCAGGCUCACACACAGCCCGUGAGGGGCACCCCGGGCUCCAACGCGUGGUGGGACACAGCACACCCCAUUGAGCAGGUCAGGCCUCCUGCCCAGCUUGUACCCUUGCGCUGGCCCUGCUGCUGUUCUGGACUUGGUUAUGCCGCUAGUUUGGGGCACAGGGCAAGGUCCCCCCCAAACUGAACAAAUUCCCAGUGUUUUCUCAGUGUUUCUCCUACUUGCAACCAGACUCGCUUCCUCUUUCCUUUUCCCUUUUGAGGCCAACCCAGAGAAAAGCUCCACUAGCACAGAAAGGACAGCAGAUGGUCUUUGCCUUGUGCAAAUCCUCAUCCCCAAACAACAUCCUGGGUCCCAGAAACACUUCAAAGCAGAGAGGGGGAGAGAAGAAGGGAGCCGCAGCCAUCAGCAGCUGCCCCUGCAGCUCCUUUACACCCUGGACCUGCUCCCAGCCGGUGCAGCCAGUGCCAUGGAGGGAGAGGCUGAUAAUCAACGGAGUGUGUUGAACCUGGUGGCUGUGUUCGAAGAGCAAUGGGCCAGCAAUUUUCCAUGGAGGGACAAGCAGCCUCCAUACGGCCAGACUACUCCUGCAACCAGCCAGCCCCAACAGCUUCCAGCGUCCCCCAACAGCCGGGGCCAGAGCCUCUCCCAGAUGGCUGCCAGGCACCAAGCAGAGGAAGAGGAGGAGGAGGAGCAGCAGCAGGGUCGGCGGGGGAUGAGCUUCAAAUGCCUCCGUUCUUUCCGACACAAGAUCAGGGAGGGCAACUGGAGGAGGCAGCAGGACCCAGGCCUCGAGCUUGGCAGCAAGGAACAAGAGGAAAAGAAAAUCGCUCUGGAGCUGCUGGAGACAGAGCAGGCUUAUGUCAACCGCCUCCACCUUCUCGACCAGGUAUUCUAUACAGAGCUGAUGAAAGAAGCCAAAAAUGGGAAGACAGUCCCAGAGGAGGUGGUGAAAAUGAUCUUCUCCAACAUCUCCUCCAUCUACCAGUUCCACGCCAAGUUCUUCCUGCCAGAGCUGCAGAAGCGCAUGGAGGAUUGGAGCUGCAACCCGCGGAUCGGGGAUGUGAUCCAGAAGCUUGCACCAUUCCUCAAGAUGUAUGGUGAAUAUGUGAAGAACUUCGACAAGGCUGUGGAGCUCAUCACUGUGUGGUCAGAGAAAUCACCACCCUUCCAGGAUCUCAUUGCUGACAUCCAGAAGAGGAAAGCCUGUGCUAACCUAACGCUGCAGCACCACAUGCUGGAACCUGUGCAGAGGAUCCCGCGCUACGAACUCCUCCUGAAAGAUUAUGUCCGAAAACUACCGCCUGAGUCCCCAGACCGGGACGAUGCAGAGAAGGCCCUGGAGAUGAUUUUUAUGGUGGCCAAGCACUCAAACGCAGCUAUUGCCGAGAUGGAACGGCUGCAGAACCUCUGGGUGGUCUAUCAGCGGCUGGGCCUCGAGGAUGACAUUGUGGACCCCUCCAAUGAGCUGAUCAAGGAGGGGCCGAUCCAAAAAAUCUCCACCCGCAACAACACCACAUCGGAGAAGUACCUGUUCCUGUUCAACAACAUGCUGCUGUACUGUGUGCCCAAGGUCAUCCAGGUGGGUGCUGAGUUCCAGGUCCACCUCCGCAUCAACGUGGACAGCAUGAAGGUGCGGGAGCUGAACGACGCGCAGUUCCCUCACACCUUCCUGGUCUCGGGAAAGCAGCGGACGCUGGAACUGCAAGCCAGGUCUGGGGAGGAGAUGAAUGCCUGGAUCAAGGCCUUCCAAGAUGCCAUUGACAGGAAGGAGAAGAGGAGUGAGACCUUUAAGACAGCAGUACAUGGGCUGGAGACAGGCACCCCUGCGUUGAAGACAGAGGAGCUGGGCCGCCGAGCUCCACAGUGGGUACGGGACAACCUGGUGACCAUGUGCAUGCGCUGCAAGGAGCCCUUCAAUGCUAUCAUGCGCCGGAGACACCACUGUCGAGCUUGUGGAUAUGUGGUGUGUGCUCGCUGCUCUGACUACAAGGCUGAGCUACAGUAUGACGGGAACCGCCUGAACCGCGUGUGCCAGGAAUGUUACGUCUUCCUGACAGGCCACUUGGUGCUCGAGGACCGGGAGGGGAAGCACAAAGGCAUCCUGGAGAAAGGAGCCGCAGAGGUAUCGGGCAAGAGUUUGCUGUGCAGUUCCCUGCAGCUGCUGGACAAGAACGGCAAGGGGGGCACACGGGGCUGGUUUGUGAUCCCGCAGGAUGAUCCCCUCGUGCUGUACAUCUACGCGGCCCCGCAGGACGUCCGAGCCCACACCUCCAUCCCGCUGCUGGGCUACCAGGUGAGGGACCUGCCGCAGGGCGACUCCCGCCACCUCUUCCAGCUGGUGCAGUCCCGGCAGGUCUACACCUUUGUGGCUGACACCGAGGAGCUGAAGCGGCGCUGGAUGAGGACCAUGGCGCGCUCCGCUGCGGGGAUCACACACCCGGAGGAGGGCGAGGAUAUGGACUCCUGCGACGAAGCAGAAUGAGGCCAUCGCCACCUCCUGGGCUGCCUGGCGGGUCAAACCUCCCCCUGCCCAUCCUGUUCGUGGCUGGCUUCAGGCAGAUCCCUGACCUCUCUGCGUUUUGUUUUUUUUGGUCACGAAAAGGGCAAGGCGGGGGCACGUUUGCCACCAUACGGACAAGCCGGAUCCCCCUUCCCCUCCCUCCUUGCUCUCCGCACUGGACAGAGACGAUGGGAGUACCUGAGCCGUGAGGUGGAGGGAGAGCCAGAGGGUUUUGGGGAGCCUGCGCCCCUGCAGCCAGCCUGGCCCCGGCCCGCUGUGUCGUCCCGCCGGCUGCCGCCCGAGGGCAGCAAUGCCUCAGCCUUCCUCCGAGCCUGGCCCCGGCAGUGGAUGGUGCAGGGGGGAUGCCCAGUUUUGUGAAAGCAUCUGUGGAAUUGGGACUGCUGUGAUAAAUCCUACCUGCAACCC